AGCACAACCCAUCCCACACUCUUAAAAAACCCUCCACGGGAAGCGAUCCCCGCCAAUUACAAAAAGGGUCAUAUACCGACCCUUUUUGUAAUUUGUAUGUAGCAUAUACAUUCUUGCACGUCUUCAGUUAUUUCCUAUAUAUAUCCAUACACGCAGCCACAAGUCUUUAUUCCAUCUCUCCUUCCAUUAUUAUUCUAGCUAAUUAAGAAACAAAACAAGCAUGGAAAAUAGGUCAGAGAUAGUGUUUUUUGAUGUUGAGACAACUAUACCAACAAGAACAGGACAAGGAUAUGCACUGUUGGAAUUUGGAGCAAUUCUUGUUUGUCCAAGGAAGCUUGUCGAGCAAGAGAGUUACUCUACCCUUGUACGACCCUCUGACUUGUCUCUCAUUUCCACGCUUUCUGUUCGUUGUAAUGGAAUUACGAGAGAUGCUGUUACUUCUGCUCCUACAUUUGCUGACAUAGCCGACAAAGUCUUUGACAUUCUCCAUGGCAGGAUAUGGGCGGGCCACAAUAUACUGAAAUUCGAUUGUCCAAGGAUUCAGGAGGCGUUUGCUGGAAUUAACAGGCCUGCACCAGAACCUAAGGGUACAAUUGAUACACUUGCUUUGUUGACUGAAAGAUUUGGAAGGAGAGCUGGUAGCAUGAAGAUGGCGUCGCUUGCUACUUAUUUUGGCCUUGGACAGCAAACACAUAGGAGUUUGGAUGAUGUCCGAAUGAAUUUUGAAGUACUAAAGUACUGUGCAACUGUCUUAUUUUUGGAAUCCAGCCUGCCUGACAUAUUAACCGAGAACAGUUGGGUGUCUCCUAAUGCUGCUAUAAGAAGAAGUCGAACUAAUGGAAAUACUACGGCGGAGGGGAUGGGCUCGAGUAUAGAUACACCUUCAUCGAGUGUCAAGAUAGGAACUCCUAUGAGAUCUGUUGCGGAAGCUCACAUAGAAUCAGAUAAUCCAAUAUCUCCACUUGUGAGCAGGAAUGUGGAGGUACCAGAUCUUCUUGAAACAAAUUCGUCUAGGCCUGACCCUUUUAACUUGGUCCAAUUCAGUGCGGAAGUAAGGGAAUCCAUUCAGUCAGAUGACAUGGAAGAAGAACCUGCUUCAGAUUCUCGAGAUUCUUAUGCAUCAACUGCAACAGGGGGUUACAUUGGCUGCACCGACUUCUUAGAACCAAAUAACAUUUCAACGUCUUCCAUCUCCUUAAGUCUUUCCCCCUUAUAUCGUGGAAUUCAGAAGAUACAAAUCUUGCACAACAAUGCUGAAUUGCAAGCUUGCUCUAGAUACCUGAAGGUGCGGUUUGGAAUUAGUACAAGGUUUGUUGAUUAUGCUGGUCGGCCCCGGUUGAGUUUUGUGGUGGAUGCAUCAUCAGAGCUAUGCCAGCUUUUGGAUGUAAUUGAUAAUCUUGCUCAGAAGUUUACUGAGGAUACAGGUAGCAUGUCAGAAUGGAGGCCUGUGGUAAACAGAAAGCCUGGCUUUGUGAACUGUCCUACCAUUCGCUUAAAUUUACCAACUGUGGUAGAUGGUAAUAUCUCCCGCUGGGUCACAGAGAUAUACCAGAAAGAGUCUUCCACGACACAGAAGCUCAUGUUCAGUAGGUUUGAUGUGGCAGAACUGGAUUCCUUGAUUACUCCAGGGACUCUCUUGGAUGCAUACUUCUCGAUAGAUUCAUAUGACUACCAACAGAUUGCAGGCAUCCGCCUAGUGGCUAAAAAGUUGAUUGUUCAUUCCUCCUGAUAUAUGAGGUGCCUCGUCAAAUGUUAUAACUUAAUAGUUGUACAAUUUGCUUCUAAUGUCUAUCUGGUUCUUUACUUAGGAGUAUCCUUGUACAGACUCACAAGAAUGAUAUUCAAUUUGUUUCCCCUAAUCUAAUAAAUUGGGUGAUUUUCAACUUAUUACAAGUUGAAUGACCUUUAUACA